AUUUACUUCACUUAUGUAAUACGACAAUAACGCUUCGAUAUACAAUUUGAUUUGUUUGUACCUAUCCUACCAUACCACCAAGAAUUGGACUUUUUACUUCAGAACUAAUGUUAGGUAAACAGCAGCAAAACCUGAAAAACAACCUUUUUAUUUUAUUUUUUUAUUUGAAUAAAUAAUAUUUUUAAAAUAUUCCUGUGUCUGGCUCUGGUCAAAUAUGAAGAAAGUUAAUGUGUACUCGCAAGAACAACUGCUACAAAUCCAAUCAGAAUUCUCCAGAAUCAAAGAUGUAUGCUAUCUGGAUCAUGCAGGUGCGACUCUUUAUUCGGAAAAACAAAUGGAAAAUGUUGUUAAAGACUUAACUAGUAACAUUUAUGCCAAUCCUCAUGCUGUCAGUACUUCUAGUCAAUCUACAAUUGAUGCUGUAGAUAUAGUACGUUAUAGAAUCCUCAGCUUCUUCAACACAUCCCCUGAAGACUAUUCAGUUAUAUUCACAUCUGGAGCUACUCAAGGCUUAAAACUUAUAGCUGAAACUUUUGACUUCAACGGAGGCACUCUGAUUUACUUGGAAGACAAUCACACUUCGGUUUUGGGCAUGAGAUGCUUUGCUCCCAAUUGUAGAGAACUCAAAAUUGAGGAGGCUUUUGAGCUUUUGACUGAAACACAGACAAAACAAGCAUACAACCAAGAUGGUAGAAAUUGUCUUUUUGUCUAUCCAGCACAGAGUAAUUUUGCAGGAACAAAAUACCCUUUUUCUUGGCUGCAAACAGCCAAAACCAAAUUUGGACGUUGCUAUACCCUCCUGGAUGCAGCCAGUUACGUUUCCACCAACCCUUUGGAUUUAUGCCAACACCAACCAGAUUUUGUUACUAUAUCUUUCUAUAAAAUCUUUGGGUAUCCAACUGGAUUGGGUGCUGUCCUAGUCAAGCGUUCCAGCGAAAAUAUUUUAAGAAAACAAUAUUUUGGUGGUGGCACUGUACUUAUGGCUUUAAGUUCCAAAAAUGUAAUGGUACCUAGACAAAAUAUUCACGAGCGGUUUGAAGAUGGUACCUUGCCCUUUUUAGCAAUCAUCAGCCUUGCACAUGGUUUUGAAACUUUGCGCCGUCUUGAGCUCACUCCAAAACUAAUAUCUCAACACACCUUUAAUUUAGCAAAAUAUACUUUUACAAAUUUACUGUAUAUGCAUCACUCAAACGGUACUCCUGUGGCAGUCCUCUACAAUUUUUCAGGAUUUGAAGAUAUCCAAAAGCAAGGCGGCAUCGUGAAUUUUAAUCUAAGACGAGAUACUGGAGAAUUUGUUGGAUACUCAGAGGUGAUGCAUAUGGCCAAUUUGCAUGGGAUUCAUUUGAGAACGGGAUGCUUUUGUAAUCCUGGAUCUUGCCAAAAGCAUUUGAAUUUGAGUUCAAAAGACGUUCAAAAACAUUUUGAGGCUGGUCACGUAUGUGGUGACCAAAACGAUUUGGUUGAUGGCGUUCCAACCGGAUCAGUGAGAGUUUCAUUUGGAUACAUGACAACUUAUGAAGAUGCAGAUAGAUUUCUUGAUAUGAUUGAAAAAUGCUUUGUAACGCAUCCUGUGAUAAGAAAAAGGAGGCAAUUUGAAGCACAUUUCUAUAAUGAGAGGAAUUUUAAUGAAGAAGCUAAAAAUAAAAUUGAUAAAAAAGAAUACACUUUACCUCCUGUGAUUAAAAAAGAAUCAGAUUUAUCAGGUGAACUGCAAAAAAUCUACUUGUAUCCAGUCAAAUCGUGUGCAGCAUUUGAAGUUAAAAGACCAUGGAAAUUGACAGAAAUAGGAUUGGAAUAUGACAGAAGAUGGAUGAUAGUCAAUGCAUCAGGCACUUGCGUUUCUCAGAAACAAAUUAAAAAUUUGUGCACUCUACGACCCAUUUUGGAUUUUGCUUGUAAUGCUCUGAGACUUAGAAUAAAUGAUACAGAAAUGGCUGUACCACUAGAACCAUCCAACAAUGGGCCAAAUUCCGAAGGAUUUUUCUGUAAUAGUAAAGUGUGCGGGGACAAAAUUACCGGUUACGAUUGUGGAGAUACUAUUGCUGAAUGGCUAUCUGAUCAUUUGGAGAAACCUGGUCUAAGAUUGCUCAGACAAUGCGAUUUUAAUGAGAAUAUUGCUGUAAGAACUUCCAAACAAGGCAAACAAACAGUUUUAUCUCUUGCCAACAAAGCUGAAUAUCUUCUUAUCAACACGGCAAGCAUUCAAUGGCUUAGAGAUCGCAUUCCGCGAAACGAAACAUUAUCUCACUCUCUGGACUCUAUAAUCCACCGAUUUAGAGCUAAUUUAAUUGUAGAUUUUAAGGAGCCUUUUGUGGAAAAUAAUUUGGAAGCUAUUUCGGUUAAUGAAGUAGCUUUUAAAUUCACAGGGCAUUGUACAAGAUGCCAAAUGAUCUGUAUAGACCAAGAAACUGGAGAAAUAUCCAAAGAACCUUUACAAACUUUGUCUAGGGAGCUGCAAGGAAAAAUGCGCUUUGGUGUAUAUUUAAGCCAAAAUAACUCUGAUAAGGACGCCUUUAUUCAACCAAAAUCUUUAGUGAAUGGAUAUCUGAAAAAUCAAUAAGCUCAGUAUUGAAUCUUACCAACUGCAACAAAAACUGUAAUAUGCAGUGAAGGAUUUAGAAACAUAUUUUAAUAAAGUUAUUUUAUUUUACAAACAAACACAACAACACACAAAAUAAUUACAAAAUUUGAGAAUUUGUUUCAGUCCCAAAAAAAAACAAUACUUUACUUUCUGCAUAAAAAUCAAUGAAACAUGUUGUAUUACUUAAUUAUUUUAGAUUUUGUUCAACAUUAAUUCAAUUGAGAUUACCUUCAACACACAGACGUUGCGACUAAAAUCAUCAGUCUUAGGUAUAUUGGAAAAAAAGGCGUAGAAAAAUUAGAAAACUGAAAAAUAUGACUGAUAAAUGAGACCGACGGAUGUAGUUGCAAAGUAGACAAAACAGCUCCACCAUGUGGCAAAUCCUAGA